AUGGACGAAACUCAUAGGUUUCGCGAGGCGGUGGCGAUGCAGAUAGACUGGGUGCAUGUCUUGAUAACCGAACGCCAUCGCCCACACACCACAUGGAAAAUAAGACAGGCGGCAUUCUUUGCCUUUAUGCACUUCUGCUUUCUGAUGGUUUUUUUGGGACAUUUUGUUCACAAUAUCGUAACGUGGGUAUUGGCGUUUUUGCUGCAGGUGGCCGCCUUGUUGUUGUCCAUUUUUCAUAUUUCCUCUGUCACGGAUUACGCGGAUAAAAUGAACAACGCCAUGGAGCUUGAGCAGCAACUCAACCCGCUGAUCAUUGCGGAACUGAGUAUUCGCUGCUUUGCGUUGCUUCACUGCCUGUUGAUGGGCGGUUGGUUGAUGGGUAUUGCCGGUUUGUUGGAACUGGCGUAUGACUAUUGGAUUUUUAGGAGGGGGGACUUUUUAGUUGAUGCCACAACAGCGUGGAAAAAAUUGGGUGCACUUGAGAUGGACUCUCGUGUGCGUUUGGCGUAUCAAGGUGUCAUGGUGAUUGCCUCGAUAUUUAGCUUUAUUCAUUUUCUGGUUUCCAUGUGA